GAGCGUGUAGUGUGUGUGUGCAGGAAGAAGCAGCACCAAGGACGUCCUUCUUUUCCCAGCCCCAGGAGCCGGAGAUGCGAGGAGGGACAAGCAGUUCGAUUAGCUGUUGCCCGCUGCAGGAUAACUUCGCUGCAGCUCUCUGAUCCCUGUGUUUGGUGUGUGAGUGUGUGAGGAGGAUUUCAACCAGUCGCCGGACGGAGAUCUGGCCACAAAGGACUUCUACUUUUCCGUCACUAUUGAAUGUAACAUCGUUCGGACAAAGAAGGCAGGGAAUUAAAAGCCAUCAUCAUGAAUUUCGUAAUGAAACAAGCAUUGGGAGGGGCCACCAAAGACAUGGGCAAGAUGCUCGGUGGGGAGGGGGAGGAGAAGGAUCCUGACGCUGCGAAAAAAGAGGAAGAAAGGCAAGAAGCGCUGAGGCAACAGGAGGACGAGAGGAAGGGCAAGUACGCCAAGAUGGAGGCAGAGAGAGAAAACAUCCGACAGGGGAUCAGAGAUAAGUAUGGCAUCAAGAAGAAGGAGGAGAAGGAGGCGGAGGCAGCGGCUGCGAUGGAGCAGGCGUCCGAGGGCAGCCUCACCCGCCCGAAAAAGGCGGUGCCGACCGGCUGCGGAGACGAAGAGGAAGAGGAGAGCAUCGUGGACACGGUCAUGAAAUUCAUCCCGACCCCGCUCAUGGAUAUGUUCAAUAAGAAGUAACAGUGUUUUGGUGGAAAUGUGAUAAAAAAACGUUCACCAAACACAACUGCCGUAUCCCUGCCCCGCUCAAAAUCUGCAGUCACUUCUCCACCCUUUCAAUUUUAAGUGUCCUGUAAAUGAGAACAUAGCAUUAGUUUACCCUUGAUUUCAAAUAGCUGAUCUCUGAUGGUGAUAUAUGCUUUUGAAUGUCAUCUUUGUUGAUAAUCGUUAUUGUAUUAGGAGAAUGUAACACCUACAGAGAUUUUUUAAUUCAAGGGAAAUCUUCUGCCAUGUUUUCAAAAUGUCAGGCACUUCAAAACAAGAUCAGAUAUCACCCAUCAUCCGCCCUUUUUGUUUGUAAAUAGCCUCGGGUUAUAAAAAAGAGAAUUAUAUACGAGUGAAAUAUGACAUAUAACAAGAUGACUAAGAGUAUAAGCCAUAUUUUUAACUUUUAAGAAAUUAUCCAAAUCAUAUAAAAAUUUGAUUGAAUUUUCCUGUUCUGUUCUUCUUGCUAAUAUUUGAUACAUAUAGUGUAUAUAAAUACAUUUUUAUUAGUUCUCCGUUGUGAGGAUUCACCCCAUAUACUGUCCAAGGUGUAUCGUGAAUGUGUAACGUGGUAAACUGCAAACAACACGUGUAAAAGCAGAAAGUGAAGGAAUUCAUUUGAUAUGGGACUUUUUUCUAUUGGUUAUUUUUUUUUUGAAGCAUGCAGUCAACUUUUGUGAAGUAAAGUACACAUUUGGAUACCAUUUCAUUUGUUUUAAUGAAGUGAAAUACAUUGAUAUUUGAGGCAAUAACUGGUUUUCCAUUGUUAUUUAAAUUGACAUCUCAUCCACCAUGUACAGGAGGCGAUAAUUGACUUUGUGUCUGAAAUGUUCUUCCAUGGGGAAAACUAUAAAUGUUCUCCAUACAUGAUGUUUGUCUCAAAGCAGUGAGAGGAAAAUUAUAAAUUCACUUGUUUGUGUUUUUAAUGUCCCGUGGCUCGCUCUGCUUCUGCAGUAGGACGUGUACGUCUUAGACCAGGCUUUUUCAUUUCAUUUUGUUGACAUUUCCAUCAAUUUUUGUAAAAGAAGACAUUUCACAAACUACGUUGUGAACACACUAUAUGUGAACAGACAGUGACAAUAGUGCAAUAUAUCGUUCGAAAUGAUGAAGUUGUGCUGUGUCCGUUGGUUGAACUGAUGGGAUUCGUGUCCCAAAUCAGCAAUAACAGACAAUCUUCAUUGUUGUGUGUUUUAAAAUUACUUCUAAAUGUGUUCGUUGGCAUUAAAAAGGCACUAACGUGUCUGCAUAGUGACAGUAAAGCCUUUUAGAGUUGACAUAUUUGAUUAAAAAAUAGAAUGGGGGGAAGGUGGGAUGAUUUGUUUCGUGUCGUAAAAAAAAACGUUAGUCACAUAUUAAAGAAUGCAGAACACAAGCAGGAUCUGUGCCACUCAGGCAGAAAUAAACAAUACACAAAAAAUACUUUAGAUGAAAUAACGAGGGGCUUUAUAAAGAAAACUCUUGCAAGAAAGCGUCAUGACCGUACAAUAGAAAAUGUUUACAGUACCUAAGUCCAGUCUGUCCUGCUGAUAAAUGGCACAAAUUUAAAGGGGGGAUAAAAUGAAAAUGUUUAUCCAUUUGCCUUGUUUUUUAUUUCUCCUUCAUUCCACGGUGUCUUGUUAAAACAUUCCAGAUAUUUCUGACAUUCCUCCAGACUCGUUCUGGUACCACAGAUAUUUACAGUAGACCCCAGUCGAUGCCUUUGUUAGCCUACAUCAUGAUGACACAACAAAAUGGAUGUUGAUAUAACCUGAAAUAUAGACACUAGAAUGAAUCAAAUAUUAGAUUCAUGACUCGACCAAGUCAAGCUGCAACGUACAGAAAAACAAUCCCACUUGAAGUUUAAGGGAAAGCGUAAAUGUGCUAUUAGCAGAGAUCAGUUUUGUGGUACAACUUUAUUAGAAAAUGUUUUUGUGAUUCACAUGAGCACAGUAGCCGUGAUUUAAGGUUUUAUAAAUCAGCUUUUUUGCCACAUUAUCACUGUUUUUAUUCAGCAAGCUAAACAUAACACUGAACUUGUGCACUCCUGUAGCAUAGACGAGGGAAACGUAGCUUUUUUUUAACGCUUUGUGAUCUCUGUAAUCGUGUUGAAAAUAGAAAAAAAACAUCCAAGGUCUCCUAUACGGCACAUUUAUUGAACUUCUUGUGAUUUUAUUGUACUUGUAAACUGCCUUUGCUAGCAUCCGUUUAGUGCGUUAGCAGCUAGUUGGUGCCCGAUUGUUGUUAGCGGUUUUGAAAUCAAACAUCAACCACAUUCAAUUCCCAUUAUCAGAGCAGUUCUCCAAUCAAACCAAAGAAUAGUACUGGUAGUAGUAGAUUUAGUCAACAGGUUGCAUUUUUUUUAUUUACAGCAUCUUAUUUAUUUUGAAAUUCUCAGGUACUUUAGCAUAGACAUAACCAUGACUAGCCUUCUGUUAGCAUAAUUAGCCUUGAACUCUAAUUUCAUUGCCAGGGGUUUCACAAGCCUACACAAACCGUUUAUUUAUGAAUUAUCUAUCUUUUGUUUGACCCGAGAAUAUUCCAGAAAGCUAAGAUAACUGCCCAGUUAACCCAAGUAGAGGACUUUCCAAGUGACAAAACGUUUAACAUUAUCAGUGUGCAUUUCUUCAGGCCACCAACGAGUCUUUUCCAAACUGGUGUGCUUUGAAGUUAGCUCACACGUUGCAUCUCAUACACCUACGCCAUCAGAAACCUUGUAAAUGCCAAUUGAUUGCGCUCUUAAUGGCUUAUAAAUCCCAAAUCAACUGCCCAAGUCAUGCGUGAUCAAUAUGUAGUCGUCCAGUGUCAGAAAUCCACAGCAGUGUUUGUGUGUGCCGCUCAUACAGCCAUUAAUAUAAUUAAAAACUGCCUGUAAUAUAUGAAAAAAUUACUCCUUUGAUGUGACUUGAAUGUAACUGUCUGAUGUUUCUCUCUCCUUGCAUCUGUCUUUCUCUGUUUUGUACGUGUUGAGAAGAUGCUUACUCUUGUGAAGUAUUUUUCCUUUUCCUUGUCUGUAACCGGUCCUGUUUCCGUCCUCUGGUGGUUGUUAUUUUUGUAUAAAGAUCAUUUGAGUUGGUGAAUUCUUUUUGUACUGCGAAAAUCUUCUCACCCUUCUCCCUCCCACCCUCCCUAUUUGUUGACAAAAUGUAUGCAUGCUUAUGGUGUGCGAUGUAGGCAAGGUCGUUGAUGAUCGUUUUGUGUCUUCUCUGUGUUUCAAAGCUCCACCUGUAAGCCUCACUGCAUGCCGUUUAGACAGAUAUUUCAGUCUGUAACUUUCCUGCAAAAGUGGAAUCACCGCACACUCUGAGAAUAAAGUGAUUUCAUAUAAUUUUU